CCAACCAUUCAGCAGCAGCGCGUGCAGGUGUGGCAGCGAUGUCAACCCGGAAGUGAGCUGUUGUCAACAGAGAGGGACACGGCAGCCUUUGAGUCUUAACACUCCGCGCUCCUCUGUCAGAGACAAUGGCUGGAGGCUGCAGCUCUCAAAGAUUUGGCUACACGGUCCUGAAGUUCAUCUUGUUCUUCUACGCCUGCGUGUUUUGGUUUAUAGGCACAUUUAUCCUGGCCAUUGGCAUCUAUGCAGAGGUGGAGCGGCUGCGUUUUAAGACCCUGGAUGUUUUGUUUUUGGCCCCGUCUAUCAUCCUCAUCCUGUUGGGAAUUGUGAUGUUCGUCGUUUCGUUCAUUGGAGUUUUGGGCUCACUGAGGGACAACCUGACACUUCUGAAUGUGUUUAUGUACACCCUGCUAGUUUGCCUGAUCCUGGAGCUGCUGGGAGGAUUAUUGGGACUGGUGUUUCACAAUCAGACACUGGACCUGGUGAACAAAAACAUCAGUAACGGCAUAAAAAUCUACUAUGAUGACCUAGACUUCAAAAACAUCUUGGAUUUCGUCCAGAAGAAGUUUAAGUGUUGCGGUGGUGAAGAUUUUACAGACUGGAAAGUCAACAUAUACCACAAAUGUCCUGGACGUGGCCCGCUGGCCUGUGGRGUCCCAUACACCUGCUGUAUUAUGACCCAGCCUAAUGAAGUGGUCAACACUCUGUGUGGGCACCACAUCUUGAAUGAAACGCGACAAGAUGCGAUGAAAGUUAUCCACGUGAGAGGCUGCACACAUGCAUUCAUGCAUUGGAUGCAGGACAACUAUAAAAAGAUGGCUAUACUGUUGUUGGUUAUCCUCCUGCCUCAGGUAAAAAAUGCACUGCACAGCGCACGUUUCACCCGCAGCUGAUUUUAAUGUGUUCACAGCUCACAUAAAGCUGAUUUGUGUAUAAAGAUAUAAAAUAAUUUUUUUAAGAAGUUGUUUGUUCAGGGUGCUCUUUGCAAGAAUCAUAGUGGAAAGUUGAGUGGAAGGAAAAUGGGGUGGGGAAAAACACACACCAGGAUAACUGCAGCCUGUCUGAAACAAUUUCAGAUUUUCAUAAACUGCAAGACAAUUAUCAGCAUCAUUAAAUAUGAAUACCUUUACAUUUAUAUCACUGYGUAAAUUUAAAUUUUUAAGAUGAAUGAGUAAAGAAAAACUUUUUGAUUCUUUUUAAAGCUUUUCUGAUGCAUGUUUUGCAUCACUGAAAUACUUCAUAUUGUAGUAAUUGCAGUAAAAAACAUUAAACCGGUUAUUUUAAAAUAAAAUCUGAUGAUGCAUGAAAACAAAAUGAAACGGCUAAAAUAAAGUCUCCCCACUCCAUAAUGCUGCCACCACCAUGUUUCACUGUAUUUUUCUUUACAGACAGCAUGUUGUAUUUAGACAGGAAAUGUUCAGCUUUGGUCUCAAUAUUCAAUAAUUUCGGUCUUUCCAGUCUUCCAUAAAAGUGAGAAUGAUGGAAAACUACAUGCAUUCUACAUGUUUCAUAUUUUUAUUUGUAAAGCAAUACUUUAACACAAAAGCUCCACAUAAAGUUUAUAGAACUUUGUUUCAUAUCAUUUUGUUUACCUUUACGCCCACAGACAGUUCGAGCUCUCUGACUAUCCGACCCAAGUGCUGUAAAAAUGUGUCUCRUCAAACCCCCUCCCACGCCUCAUGCUGUCCCAGUCUCCUGACAAAUCACAGCGAGACGAGGAGGAGGCAUUUCAAGAAAGUAGCUUAAAUUCAACACAUCUGUGACUCAGAAACACAUCUAGGAUCAAACGUUUGUCCGUAUUUUCCAGCCUGGGAUGCAAAUCUGAUGACUAAACGUCAGAAAAUACAUUCCCUCGUUUACCCUGAACAUGCAACGGCUCCACUUCAUCAGCAGUGAGAGAAACAGAAGGGCAGUUGUAACAAAAUGCUGCUUCAUUUCAUUUACAUUUUCUAUGCAUUUCCAUACAUACUGUAUUAUGUUGUCAGAACACCAUUCUGGAGCGACACUUACUAACCCACUGCAUUAAAUAUCUGUCUUCUACGGUUUGGAUGUAAGACGCCUGGGACCUUUUUGGUUCCUGACAUUUCUGCCCUUGUACAUCUUCUUGAAAAUUACACAAUGCAUUUAGAUAUGAGCCCCUUUGACAGCUAUGAAUACAUGAAUGUUGAUCGGCUGCGACUAAGAAGCUUCCUGGUUGUCACCAAGCUGUUUCUGCCAUGUGGAGCAAAUGCCGCCWGGCAGUCAUUGAUAUCACGUAAUGGGUUCUUCUCAUUACCAUUAUUUAUGUUCAGGUGGCGCAAAACUGAUUAAUCUGUUCCGUCACUCAGAAGACUUUMAUUUUCCUCAUUUCAUUUCCAUUCCAAGUGACAAGACCCAAUUCAAUCAAGUGUAUUGUUCAGAGGAAAUCUGCAGCAGAUGCAACAUGACUUAUUGGGCAUUUGACACAUUCCUACAAAAGCUACUAAAUCAUAAAGAAGUUCAUUUUUAACCCUGAUUUUGAUUCAUUGUUGCUGGUUUGUUCUUUCCAGGAGCAAAAUAUAGUUUCUCUGCUGGCCUGUCAAAAUUACAGAUUUUACUGGAUGAUAAAUCGCCCCAGAAAUUAUGAUAAACAAUAAUAUUGUCAUUUUGAGACAAUUUUCAAAUGAUAUGACGAUGGCGUAACAAUGUGAAUACACCCUCUCAAAUUUCAGAAAGCUUGAAGACAUUUUAAAUAUUCAAAAUCGCACAGUAACAAUACAUUACAAUAGAUAUGUGAUCAAUAUCAAUAGAUGACGACUGCUAGAAUGUUCAAUAAUUUCACUGAACCUGAUCCACAAAUGCAAAGCAUUCUGGGGGUUGUUGGCAGAGGAAAAGCUUCAACCUCUCAUGGCCAACUAUGUCGUGUAAACGUGUAAAAGGUUGGUGGAAUCAACUCACUCACUCUUUGGUUACCUAGCAACUCACUCGUUCUAUGGUUGCCUAGCAA